GAAUCAUCUUUUCCCCAUAAUUCUUUCUUCCCCCAAACAAUUCUCUCUCUUUCUAACUCAAACGGCUUCUUCUUCUUCUUCUUCCCUCUUCCUCCAACCAACAACCGAGAACCAUCGUUCUCUCGCACUCAAAUGAUGACUCUGGGAGCAUAAAAUCAGUUGCGCAAUUACAGAGUAGAAACUGAGAAUUAAAUAUGGGAAAGUACAUACAGAGGAACUCAAAGACUGCCAGGAAGGUUUCGAUAAUGGAUAUACCUUCUCAUGGCGGCGUCCGUACCCGCGCCAGGACACUGGCUCUCCAGAAAGCUUCCUCCGCCGUGUCGCCGGGUGCUGGUUCCUACAUUCAACUCCGUAGCCGUCGUCUAGUCAAGCCAACUCCUUCAAACAUACAGAAGGAGAACCGUGUUCCACCAAAACCGAAUAAACAUUCUUGCAAAGGAGCCGGUUCUUCGACACUGAACGUUAAUUCUCGGAAUUCUUCUCGGUCUGUUAAGAAAUUGGUGCAUAGGAAAGACGAGAUUCGUCAAGAAAUCGAGAUUACGGAUGCUGAGGAUGUGGGAAUCGAUGACGAAGCUUCAUUUGGUGAGAACAUGUUGGAAAUUGAAGGUAGAGAAAGGAGUAUACGCGAGACAACACCAUGCAGUUUGAUUAAGGAUCCAAACACUACAAAUACUCCAACAUCUUCUACAAAGAAGACUUAUUCGACUAAUUCCAAUUUAAGAGUACAAAUUCCACCUCCAAGACUCAUCCCUACAACCGUUGAAAUGGAAGAGUUCUUCACAGAGCCAGAAAAACACCAACAAAAACUGUUUAUCGAGAAGUAUAUAUAUUUCAAAAUUACCUUUUUACCCUUUUGUUCUAUAUCAUUUCUUAUGCGAUAUGAAAUUGUUUUUGUAGGUAUAACUUUGAUCCGGUGAAUGAGAAGCCUCUCCCUGGGCGAUAUCAAUGGGUGAAAAUGGAUAAUUAAGUUUGAAAGGGUAAAAUAGUAAUUAGGGUAUCUUUGUAAAGAAAGAAGUAGGAGGAAUGAAAGAGUUAAUUAGGUUAGGGUGUAGAUUAAUGAUCUGUAGUAUAAGAAAAAAAAAAGAACAAAAACAGGUUAAUUUUCUAACAGAUCAUCUACUAACAGGGGAAGAAGAAGGUGGUGGUGGUUGAAUGAAUGAAUGAAUGACUCUUAGGUUUUAUUUUAUACUUCCUUUGUUUAUACACUUUGUACUCAUGGGAAAGUUUAAGACACCCCCCUCCCCUUAAUAAAAAUGACAAUAUUACCCCUUUCUUUAUUCA